UGAUAGAUAACCUUAUCAACAAGAAGGAAACUCACAACAAUGGCGUCACUGCUACUAGGAGCUGCUCCUAUUACACCUCCAUCUCUCAAUGUUUCUUCAUUUUCUCGUAUUUCCUCUUCUCAUUCCCAAACCCUUGGAACUUCCUUCUCAGUUUCCACUUCAUCUCUUUCACUGUCUCCCGCUUCUUCUCCUUCAAUCCCUUAUGUUUACUGCGGCAGGGGGGAUAAGAAAACGGAGAGAGGGAAGCGCUUCAAUCACUCCUUUGGCAAUGCAAGGCCAAGGAACAAGAAGAAGGGGAGAGGGCCUCCAAGGGUGGCGGUUCCACCAUCACCACCGAGAAAAGAUAAGUUUGAUGAUGAUGAGAAGAUCAAGAUUGAAAUUGACGAGUCCCUUUUUUCUGGUUAAUUAAGUAAGCCCACUAUGUAUGCUUAGUUUGUGUUACUUAUCUUGUAUUUCUUAAAUUGAAAAAACUUGGUUAUGCUAUUUGCAGUUGUUUAAAACUCAGUUAUUCGAGCUUUCUCUGAUAUUGAAUUCUGGGUUCUUCUAGUUUGGGA